AUGGGGUUGGGACUAUUUAUCCGAAGAGGAUUUCAUUUAGGCAUGCGACAACCUACAUAUAUUCGACAUUUUAUAUAUGUUUUAGGAAAGGGUGAAAUGUUAGCAUGCUCGCCACAGCUAAAUCCAGAAUUAUUCUAUGGAGUAUUAGGAGGUUUGGGUCAGUUUGGAAUAAUAUCGAGAGCCAGAAUUGUUUUGUACCAUGCACCUAAAAGGGUGAAAUGGUUUAAAAUGCUGUACAGUAAUUUCACAGCUUUUACAAAGGACCAGGAAAGUUUGAUAUCAAUGGACAAUGACACUGGAGUUGACUAUGUAGAAGGUCAACUAUUGAUGUCAAACGGCAUUGUCGAUACUUCGUUUUUCCCACCGUCUAAUCAAUCUAAAGUCGCUGAUUUAGUGAAAAACCAUAGUAUCAUCUACGUUCUCGAAGUAGCCAAGUAUUAUGACGAUCCCAGUCUUCCCAUCAUUGGCCAGGUGAUUGAUAAGUUAACUAAAACCCUAAAUUACUUGCCCGAGUUUAUAUCAAUGCACGACGUGUCCUACUUUGAUUUCUUGAACCGUGUACAAGUUGAAGAGGAUAAACUCAGAUCUUUGGGUUUAUGGGAAGUCCCUCAUCCGUGGCUUAACCUCUAUGUCCCUAAAUCUCAGAUUCUCGAUUUCCAUAACGGUGUUGUAAAAGGCAUUCUUCUCAAGCAGAACUCGACUUCUGGCGUUUCUCUUUUCUAUUCCACAAACCGGAAUAAAUGGGACAAUCGUAUGUCGGCGAUGAUACCAGAUGAAGAUGUUUUCUAUGUAGUGGGACUACUACAAUCGGCUAGCCCACAGAAUGUGCAAGAAGUGGAGAGUGUAAACGAGACGAUCAUCAUGUUUUGCAAGGAAUCUGGAAUAAAGAUUAAGCAGUAUCUAAUGCAUUACACCAGAAAAGAAGAUUGGAUUGAACAUUUCGGCCCGAAAUGGGGUGAUUUUUCGAAGAGGAAAGAUCUGUUUGACCCAAAGAAAAUAUUAUCUCCAGGGCAAGAUAUCUUUUGAUUAUAUGAAUUUAAGAUUUAUUAAGUAGAAAUAUACUAGACUAUAGAGAAACAGAUCAAAUAACUGGGAAAAAUAUGUUUGGUUGUUGUAGAUUAUAUAUUUCAAACAAUAAAUUAUUUUGAAAACAAUUUUCUUUCUUGAA